GAAUGCCAAUAUAUGGAGUUGGACUUUAUCUUAAAUGCAAUAGAGAGCCUUCAUUAGUGUAAUAGCAUAGGGAAUUAGUGCUUUCAUUCAGCAAGUACAUUGAGUACCUACUAUGUACGAAGAAUUGUACUAGACUCUUAAACAACAAGAUUCAGUCAUUACACAAAUAAAUACAAAAGGAGAUCCUAGAAUGGAAGUUUUUAAAGAUUUUCCUUAAUUAUAGUGUACUCUAAGAUCUUAAACUUAUUCUUGGCUGGACAGAGAUGCUAUUGACAGAAUAAGAAUAGUAAUCACUAACACUUAGUGAGCUUAUGGCCAAGCAUAGUCUUAAAAAGAUUACAAGCAUGAUAUCCUUUAAUUUUCACAACAGUGUUAUGGGGUAGUUAUUAUUAUCUCUAUUUUUCAUAGGAAAGUACUAGUUUUGCGUGUAGUGGGUGCCCAAAGGGUGGAAGUAGCCAACCUGGAAGAGUGGGAAGGGAAUUCAGGAAAGGCUUAAUAAAGGGCAUGUGAUACUUGAAAGAUGAGUAGUAGUUAUUUGGAAAGUGGCAAGGAUAUUCCUGAUGGAGAGAACAGCAUAACAAAAUGAAUCUCAUGCCCAGAGGCAGAAAGCAGGGUAACACAUUAGAUAAAUGAAAAAAGUAGUUUAGUAUGGCUGAAGUGUAGGAGGCAAAGCAGGGAGCUGGAGAAGUUAGUAGGGCCCAGAUUAUGAAGGACUUUUUUAAAUCAAGCACAUUCAAUAGGACUUUUUAAAUGUAGAAUGGUUCAUUAUGCUUGGGCAGAAAUGAACUGACCAGCUCCUAAAAGAGCACAUCAGCUUGCUUUGUGGGAUUAUCUCACCCUUGUAGAUGUGUAUGGCCCCGGAAUUCCAGCUGCCAACUAAGUGGCUGAAGAUAAGUGGACCAGAGUUUGAAUUAGACUUAGCCCUCCCAGGCCCAAUACUUCAAAGCAUCUUACCUCUGCUCAAUAUAUAUUACUUGGAGAGGAUUGAGGAAACUGCCCUCAAGAAAGGCCUCUCCACUCAGGCUAUCUGGCGCCGACUAUGGGAUGAGCUGAUGAAGACAAGGCCUUCCGGUCUAGAAAGUGUGACGUGUUGGCGAGCCAAGUUUAUGGAGGCCUUUUUUUCCCAUGUUCUACGUGGAACCAUUGAUGUGUCUUCUGACAGGCGUCUUUGUGACCAGCGCUUCUCACCUCUUCUGCAUAGCUCCCGCCAUGUCCGGCAGCUCACCAUCUGCAACAUGCUGCAGGGUGCAACUGAGCUGGUGGCUGAGCCCAACCGCAGGGUUCUGGAGACCCUGGCCAGUUCCCUGCAUACCCUCAAGUUCCGCCACCUGCUAUUCUCUGAUGUGGCUGCUCAGCAGUCACUUCGGCAGCUGUUACAUCAGCUUAUUCACCACGGGGCUGUCAGCCAGGUGUCGCUGUACUCCUGGCCUGUGCCUGAGUCAGCCCUUUUCAUCCUUAUCCUCACCAUGAGUGCUGGCUUCUGGCAGCCAGGCCCUGGUGGCCCUUCCUGCCGCCUCUGUGGAGAGGCCUCCCGAGGCCGGGCUCCAUCCCGAGAUGAAGGGUCUCUCCUGCUGGGCUCACGCAGGCCACGCAGGGAUGCUGCUGAGCGAUGUGCUGCAGCCCUGAUGGCUUCCCGUCGGAAGAGUGAAGCCAAGCAGACGGCCAGAGCCACACCUGCCACUCGAGUUACACGCCGGAGCACACAGGAGAGCCUAAGAGCAGGCGGGAUAGACCCUAAGAGGGAGCUGCACCCUCCAGCCACCUCCCAUGAGGCUCCUGGCACCAAGCGGCCACCCUCUGCUCCAGCCACCAGCUCCUCUGUCUCUCCCUCUCCUUCCACAUCUGCACCCAAAAGGGCUCCAGCCAGCUCAGCCCCACAGCCUAAGUCCCUAAAGCGUUUUAAGCGAGCCACAGGGAAAAAGGGUGCUCGCACUCGUCAGGGGUCUGGUGCAGAGUCUGAAGACCUGUAUGACUUUGUUUUCAUUGUGGCUGGUGAGAAGGAAGAUGGGGAAGAGAUGGAGAUUGGGGAAGUGGCUUGUGGAGCUUUGGAUGGGUCAGAUCCCAGCUGCCUGGGGCUUCCAGCACUGGAGGCCUCCCAACGAUUCCGCAGCAUUUCCACCUUGGAGCUAUUCACAGUUCCACUCUCCACAGAGGCAGCUCUGACACUGUGCCACCUGCUGAGCUCCUGGGUGUCCCUGGAGAGUCUCACACUAUCCUAUAAUGGCCUGGGAUCUAACAUCUUCCGCCUGCUAGACAGCCUGCGGGCCCUGUCAGGCCAGGCUGGAUGUCGCCUCCGUGCCCUGCAUCUCAGUGACCUGUUCUCACCACUGCCCAUCCUGGAGCUGACACGUGCCAUUGUGCGAGCCCUGCCCCUACUGCGGGUCCUCUCUAUUCGUGUCGACCACCCCAGCCAAAGGGACAACCCUGCUGUGCCAGGGAAUGCAGGGGCCCCUAGCCACAUAAUUGGGGAUGAAGAGAUACCAGAAAACUGCCUGGAACAGCUGGAGAUGGGAUUUCCAAGGGGAGCCCAGCCAGCCCCACUGCUCUGCUCUGUACUGAAGGCCUCAGGUUCUCUGCAGCAGUUGUCCCUGGAUAGCACCACCUUUGCCUCUCCCCAGGAUUUUGGGCUUGUGUUGCAGACACUCAAAGAGUACAACCUAGCCCUGAAGAGGCUGAGCUUCCACGACAUGAAUCUGGCAGACUGUCAGAGCGAGGUGCUCUUUUUGCUACAGAAUCUGACUCUUCAAGAGAUUACCUUCUCCUUCUGCCGUCUGUUUGAGAAGCGCCCGGCCCAAUUUCUGCCUGAGAUGGUUGCUGCUAUGAAGGGCAACUCCACAUUGAAGGGCCUCCGGCUGCCAGGGAACCGCCUGGGGAAUGCUGGCCUCCUGGCCCUGGCAGAUGUUUUCUCAGAGGAUUCAUCCUCCUCUCUGUGUCAGCUGGACAUCAGUUCCAACUGUAUCAAGCCAGAUGGGCUUCUGGAGUUCGCAAAGCGGUUGGAGCGCUGGGGUCGUGGAGCCUUUGGUCACCUGCGCCUCUUCCAGAACUGGCUGGACCAGGAUGCAGUCACAGCCAGAGAAGCUAUCCGGCGGCUCCGGGCCACCUGCCACGUGGUUAGCGACUCGUGGGACUCAUCCCAGGCUUUCGCAGAUUAUGUCAGCACCAUGUGAUGGGGCUCCAUGCCUCACAGGUCCAUGCUCAGUACCAUCAGCUUGUAGGGGCUGAGGCAUGGGCUGCCCAGAACUCCCAAACAAUUCUGUCUUUCUCUUUCUGCCACCUUUCUUUCUCUAUUUUCCUUCUUCCCUUGCACUGAGGUUCUGGAGGCCUUGAUGGGGCCCAGCAAAGGCAUUCCCAGAACUGGGUUUAGAGGCUUUGGGCCUCUUACUCAGUAAUCUGAGAACCCUGGGCCAGGAGGUUACAGUGGUGAUCAGCCACUGAGGACAGUCCCCCUUCCCCUGCUCCAGAGUUCCUGCUUUCCCACCUCAAGCAGGUACCCAAGCUUUAGAGAAAUAUAGGAGUGCCCACUACCAGGCCUCUUCUCUGCUGGGCUCGCCAUGAUGCUCCCAGGCCUCAGUCCCUUUCAUACCUUUAUUCGUUUUUUUUUAACCAAAAAAGUUUUUCUUAUAAAAUAAAUUUUGGGCAAACAUCA